AUGGUGGCCCUGUCCUUAAAGAUUUGUGUCCGCCACUGCAAUGUGGUAAAGACCAUGCAGUUUGAACCAUCUACAGCCGUGUACGAUGCAUGUCGAGUCAUUCGGGAACGGGUACCUGAGGCGCAAACUGGCCAAGCUUCUGAUUAUGGGCUGUUUCUCUCAGAUGAAGACCCCAGGAAAGGAAUUUGGCUGGAAGCAGGCAGAACACUGGAUUACUACAUGUUGCGAAAUGGGGAUAUUUUGGAAUAUAAAAAGAAACAGAGACCUCAGAAAAUCCGGAUGCUGGAUGGAUCCGUGAAAACGGUGAUGGUGGAUGACUCUAAGACUGUUGGGGAGCUCCUGGUUACCAUUUGCAGCAGGAUCGGAAUAACGAACUAUGAAGAAUAUUCUUUAAUCCAAGAAACGAUUGAGGAAAAGAAAGAGGAAGGGACGGGUACGCUAAAAAAAGACAGGACACUGUUGCGAGACGAGAGGAAGAUGGAGAAGCUGAAGGCAAAACUCCACACGGAUGAUGACCUAAAUUGGCUGGAUCACAGCCGAACAUUCAGAGAACAAGGGGUAGAUGAACAUGAAACGUUGCUGCUUAGAAGGAAGUUCUUCUACUCCGAUCAGAAUGUGGACUCGAGAGACCCUGUGCAGCUGAACUUGCUUUAUGUUCAGGCUCGGGAUGAUAUCCUGAAUGGCUCCCACCCUGUCUCCUUCGAGAAAGCUUGUGAGUUUGGAGGAUUUCAAGCCCAGAUACAAUUUGGACCUCAUGUGGAACAUAAACACAAGCCCGGAUUCUUAGACCUAGGACUCUCCUAUUGCUUUGAGAAGGCCAUGACUGUCCAUGGUGCCUUCAUGUUACCCUUUAGCAGCAGCCUCUUAAAGCUGGAGCAUAAGAACUGUGGAGAGAUGAGCGAAAUAGAAGCCAAGGUCAAGUAUGUGAAACUCGCCCGAUCCCUCCGGACGUACGGUGUGUCCUUUUUCCUGGUGAAGGAAAAGAUGAAAGGCAAGAACAAGCUUGUGCCUCGCUUGCUGGGCAUCACUAAGGACUCGGUGAUGCGCGUGGAUGAGAAGACCAAGGAGGUGCUACAGGAGUGGCCGCUCACCACUGUCAAGCGCUGGGCAGCCUCACCCAAGAGCUUCACGCUGGAUUUUGGGGAGUAUCAAGAAAGCUACUAUUCAGUACAAACCACUGAGGGAGAGCAAAUAUCCCAGCUGAUUGCAGGCUACAUCGACAUCAUCCUCAAAAAGAAACAAAGCAAAGAUAGAUUUGGAUUAGAGGGGGAUGAGGAGUCGACUAUGCUGGAAGAGUCUGUUUCCCCGAAGAAGUCUACCAUCUUGCAGCAGCAGUUCAAUCGGACUGGAAAGGUGGAACACAGCUCCGUGGCACUGCCCGCCGUGAUGCGCUCAGGCUCCAGUGGGCCCGAGACCUUCAACGUCGGCAGCAUGCCCUCCCCGCAACAGCAGGUCAUGGUUGGGCAGAUGCACCGAGGCCACAUGCCCCCGCUGACCUCGGCCCAGCAGGCUCUCAUGGGGACCAUCAACACAAGCAUGCACGCUGUCCAGCAGGCCCAGGAUGACCUCAGUGAGCUGGAUUCACUGCCACCCCUAGGCCAGGAUAUGGCGUCCCGGGUAUGGGUUCAGAAUAAAGUCGAUGAAUCCAAACACGAAAUCCACUCCCAGGUCGAUGCGAUCACAGCUGGAACAGCUUCAGUAGUUAACCUCACUGCCGGUGACCCUGCAGACACCGACUACACAGCAGUGGGAUGUGCAAUCACCACCAUUUCUUCCAACCUGACGGAGAUGUCCAAGGGCGUGAAGCUUUUGGCAGCCUUGAUGGACGACGAAGUGGGCAGUGGGGAGGACUUGCUCAGAGCCGCGAGGACCCUCGCGGGGGCAGUGUCGGACUUGCUGAAAGCUGUGCAGCCUACUUCUGGAGAGCCUCGACAGACAGUUUUGACUGCUGCUGGAAGCAUCGGACAAGCCAGUGGGGAUCUUCUGAGACAGAUCGGAGAGAAUGAGACUGAUGAGCGAUUCCAAGACGUUUUAAUGAGUUUGGCCAAAGCUGUAGCCAAUGCUGCCGCCAUGUUGGUAUUAAAGGCGAAGAAUGUCGCCCAAGUAGCUGAAGACACGGUCCUACAGAACAGGGUGAUUGCCGCUGCCACCCAAUGUGCCCUUUCUACCUCUCAGCUGGUGGCGUGCGCCAAGGUGGUGAGCCCCACCAUCAGCUCCCCCGUGUGCCAGGAGCAGCUGAUCGAAGCAGGGAAGCUCGUGGACCGCUCGGUGGAGAACUGUGUCCGUGCCUGCCAGGCGGCCACCGACGACAGCGAGCUCCUGAAGCAGGUCAGCGCAGCGGCCAGCGUGGUCAGCCAGGCCCUGCACGAUCUCCUGCAGCACGUACGACAGUUUGCCAGCCGAGGCGAGCCCAUCGGCCGCUACGACCAGGCCACCGACACCAUCAUGUGUGUCACCGAGAGCAUCUUCAGCUCCAUGGGAGAUGCUGGUGAAAUGGUGCGCCAGGCCCGGGUCCUGGCCCAAGCCACCUCAGACCUUGUCAACGCCAUGAGGUCAGAUGCGGAAGCUGAAAUCGACAUGGAGAAUUCAAAGAAGCUCCUGGCAGCAGCAAAACUCUUGGCUGAUUCCACUGCUCGCAUGGUGGAAGCUGCAAAGGGGGCUGCGGCCAAUCCUGAGAAUGAAGACCAGCAGCAGAGACUGAGAGAAGCUGCGGAAGGUCUCCGUGUGGCAACCAACGCCGCUGCCCAGAAUGCUAUCAAGAAAAAAAUUGUCAACAGAUUGGAGGUGGCAGCUAAGCAGGCCGCAGCCGCCGCCACACAGACCAUCGCCGCCUCCCAGAACGCGGCCGUGUCCAACAAGAACCCCGCCGCCCAGCAACAGCUGGUUCAGAGCUGCAAGGCAGUGGCUGAUCACAUCCCUCAGCUGGUCCAGGGGGUGAGAGGAAGCCAAGCCCAAGCUGAAGACCUUAGCGCCCAGCUGGCUCUCAUCAUCUCCAGCCAGAACUUCCUCCAGCCUGGAAGCAAGAUGGUGGCCUCCGCCAAAGCCGCGGUGCCCACUGUGAGCGACCAGGCUGCAGCCAUGCAGCUGAGCCAAUGUGCCAAGAACCUUGCCACCAGCUUGGCAGAGCUACGUACCGCCUCACAGAAGGCCCAUGAAGCCUGUGGUCCGAUGGAAAUUGACUCAGCUCUGAGCACCGUGCAGACACUUAAGAAUGAACUGCAGGAUGCCAAGAUGGCUGCUGUGGAAAGUCAACUGAAACCACUUCCAGGGGAAACGCUGGAAAAAUGUGCUCAAGACCUGGGAAGUACAUCCAAGGCAGUGGGCUCCUCCAUGGCUCAGCUCCUAACCUGUGCUGCGCAAGGCAAUGAGCACUACACAGGGGUGGCUGCAAGAGAGACAGCCCAAGCUCUGAAAACGCUGGCCCAGGCUGCCCGUGGAGUGGCCGCAUCCACCAGCGACCCUGCAGCUACGCAUGCCAUGCUAGAUUCAGCCCGUGACGUGAUGGAGGGCUCAGCCAUGCUCAUCCAGGAAGCCAAGCAGGCCCUGAUUGCACCUGGAGAUGCUGAGAGUCAGCAGAGACUAGCCCAGGUGGCCAAAGCCGUCUCGCACUCCUUGAAUAACUGCGUGAAUUGUCUCCCUGGCCAGAAGGAUGUGGACGUGGCCUUGAAGAGCAUUGGCGAGUCCAGCAAGAAGCUGCUUGUGGACUCGUUACCUCCAAGCACGAAGCCUUUCCAGGAGGCCCAGAGUGAACUGAACCAAGCUGCAGCUGAUCUGAACCAGUCUGCUGGGGAAGUGGUCCAUGCCACCCGGGGCCAGAGCGGAGAGCUGGCCGCAGCCUCUGGGAAGUUCAGUGAUGAUUUCGAUGAAUUCCUGGAUGCUGGCAUUGAGAUGGCAGGCCAGGCUCAGACAAAAGAAGACCAGAUCCAAGUGAUUGGAAACCUCAAGAAUAUCUCUAUGGCAUCCAGCAAGCUGUUGUUAGCUGCCAAAUCUCUCUCUGUAGAUCCAGGAGCCCCCAAUGCAAAAAAUCUCCUGGCUGCUGCCGCAAGAGCUGUGACAGAGAGCAUCAAUCAGCUGAUCACUCUGUGCACCCAGCAAGCUCCUGGCCAGAAAGAAUGUGAUAAUGCCCUGCGGGAGCUCGAGACUGUCAAGGGGAUGUUGGACAAUCCUAAUGAACCUGUUAGUGACCUCUCUUACUUUGACUGCAUUGAGAGUGUGAUGGAAAACUCCAAGGUUCUGGGCGAGUCGAUGGCAGGGAUUUCACAGAAUGCCAAGACCGGGGACCUCCCUGCCUUUGGGGAGUGUGUGGGGAUUGCGUCCAAGGCCCUCUGUGGGUUGACAGAGGCUGCAGCCCAGGCUGCAUACCUGGUGGGCAUCUCUGAUCCAAACAGCCAGGCGGGCCACCAGGGCCUUGUGGACCCCAUCCAGUUUGCCAGGGCCAACCAGGCCAUCCAGAUGGCAUGCCAGAACCUGGUGGACCCCGGCAGCAGCCCGUCACAGGUUCUGUCCGCGGCCACAAUUGUCGCCAAGCACACCUCGGCCCUGUGCAACGCCUGUCGUAUCGCCUCAUCCAAGACAGCCAACCCAGUGGCCAAGAGGCACUUUGUCCAGUCAGCCAAGGAAGUCGCCAACAGCACUGCCAACCUGGUGAAGACCAUCAAGGCCCUGGAUGGGGAUUUCUCUGAAGACAACCGCAAUAAGUGUCGCAUUGCCACCGCACCCUUGAUCGAAGCUGUAGAGAACCUGACAGCUUUCGCAUCCAACCCUGAGUUUGUCAGCAUUCCCGCCCAGAUCAGCUCCGAGGGCUCCCAGGCACAGGAACCGAUCCUGGUCUCAGCCAAGACCAUGCUGGAGAGCUCAUCAUACCUCAUUCGCACUGCACGCUCACUGGCCAUCAACCCCAAAGACCCGCCUACCUGGUCUGUGCUAGCCGGACAUUCCCACACCGUGUCUGACUCUAUCAAGAGUCUCAUCACAUCUAUCAGGGACAAGGCCCCUGGACAGAGAGAGUGUGACUACUCCAUCGAUGGCAUCAACCGGUGCAUCCGCGACAUUGAGCAGGCCUCGCUGGCAGCUGUCAGCCAGAGCUUGGCCACAAGGGAUGACAUCUCCGUGGAGGCCCUACAAGAGCAGCUGACUUCAGUGGUCCAGGAAAUCGGGCACCUCAUCGAUCCCAUUGCCACAGCAGCUCGGGGGGAAGCAGCGCAGCUAGGACACAAGGUGACACAGCUGGCAAGCUACUUCGAGCCCCUGAUCUUGGCCGCAGUUGGUGUCGCCUCCAAGAUUCUGGACCAUCAGCAGCAGAUGACUGUGCUGGACCAGACCAAGACGCUCGCAGAAUCUGCCCUCCAGAUGCUGUAUGCAGCCAAAGAAGGUGGAGGAAACCCCAAGGCCCAGCACACCCACGACGCCAUCACAGAGGCCGCCCAGCUCAUGAAGGAGGCUGUUGAUGACAUCAUGGUGACACUGAAUGAAGCAGCUAGCGAAGUGGGGCUGGUGGGAGGCAUGGUCGAUGCCAUUGCAGAGGCCAUGAGCAAGCUGGAUGAAGGCACUCCUCCAGAACCAAAGGGAACAUUUGUCGACUAUCAGACGACUGUGGUUAAAUACUCCAAAGCCAUUGCGGUAACAGCUCAGGAAAUGAUGACUAAGUCGGUUACUAACCCGGAGGAGUUGGGAGGACUGGCUUCACAAAUGACCAGUGACUAUGGGCACCUGGCUCUCCAGGGCCAGAUGGCAGCAGCCACGGCGGAACCAGAGGAGAUCGGCUUCCAGAUUCGCACACGUGUGCAGGACCUGGGCCACGGCUGCAUCUUCCUGGUGCAGAAGGCGGGGGCCCUCCAGGUGUGCCCCACGGACAGCUACACCAAGAGGGAGCUCAUCGAGUGUGCCCGUGCAGUCACAGAGAAGGUGUCCUUGGUGUUGUCAGCUCUCCAGGCUGGGAACAAGGGGACCCAGGCAUGCAUCACAGCUGCCACUGCCGUGUCUGGGAUUAUCGCCGACCUGGACACCACCAUCAUGUUUGCGACUGCAGGGACCCUGAAUGCAGAGAACAACGAGACCUUUGCAGACCACAGGGAGAACAUUCUGAAGACAGCCAAGGCCUUGGUGGAAGACACGAAACUGCUGGUGUCAGGGGCUGCGUCCACCCCGGACAAGCUGGCCCAGGCAGCCCAGUCGUCGGCAGCCACCAUCACCCAGCUCGCUGAAGUGGUCAAGCUGGGGGCCGCCAGCCUCGGCUCUAAUGACCCUGAGACGCAGGUGGUGUUGAUCAAUGCCAUCAAAGACGUGGCCAAGGCCCUUUCAGAUCUGAUAGGUGCUACCAAGGGGGCCGCCAGCAAGCCUGCCGAUGACCCCUCCAUGUACCAGCUCAAGGGGGCCGCCAAGGUGAUGGUGACCAAUGUCACCUCCCUCCUCAAGACUGUAAAGGCAGUGGAGGACGAGGCCACCCGGGGCACACGGGCGCUCGAGGCCACAAUCGAAUACAUGAAACAGGAGCUCACGGUGUUCCAGUCAAAAGAGGUGCCUGAAAAGACAUCAUCACCUGAAGAAUCGAUAAGGAUGACGAAAGGCAUCACCAUGGCAACAGCCAAAGCCGUGGCCGCUGGGAACUCAUGCAGACAGGAGGAUGUGAUUGCCACCGCCAACCUGAGCCGGAAAGCCGUGUCAGAUAUGCUGACGGCUUGUAAGCAAGCAUCCUUUCACCCUGAUGUCAGCGAGGAGGUACGCACGAGAGCAUUGCGAUACGGGACGGAGUGCACCCUUGGCUACCUGGACCUUCUCGAGCACGUCUUGGUGAUUCUUCAGAAACCCAGCCCGGAACUCAAGCACCAGCUGGCUGCUUUCUCCAAGCGCGUCGCUGGUGCCGUGACUGAGCUCAUCCAGGCAGCAGAAGCCAUGAAAGGAACAGAGUGGGUGGAUCCAGAAGACCCAACUGUCAUCGCGGAAACAGAAUUACUGGGGGCUGCGGCAUCCAUUGAGGCUGCUGCUAAGAAGUUAGAGCAACUGAAGCCAAGAGCCAAACCGAAACAAGCAGAUGAGACCCUGGAUUUUGAAGAACAGAUUUUGGAAGCUGCUAAAUCCAUUGCCGCUGCCACGAGUGCCCUGGUCAAAUCGGCCUCGGCAGCCCAGAGGGAGCUGGUGGCCCAAGGAAAGGUGGGCUCCAUCCCCGCCAAUGCUGCGGAUGACGGACAGUGGUCACAGGGGCUGAUUUCUGCCGCCCGGAUGGUGGCAGCUGCAACCAGCAGUCUCUGUGAGGCGGCCAAUGCCUCUGUUCAGGGACAUGCCAGUGAAGAGAAGCUCAUCUCAUCCGCCAAGCAGGUCGCUGCUUCCACGGCUCAGCUGCUCGUGGCCUGCAAGGUGAAGGCCGACCAGGAUUCAGAGGCCAUGAGGCGGCUACAGGCAGCAGGAAAUGCUGUGAAAAGAGCCUCAGAUAAUCUUGUUCGUGCAGCCCAGAAGGCAGCAUUUGGCAAAGCUGACGAUGACGAUGUUGUAGUGAAAACAAAGUUUGUAGGGGGCAUUGCUCAGAUCAUUGCCGCCCAGGAAGAGAUGUUGAAAAAAGAACGAGAACUGGAAGAAGCGAGGAAAAAACUGGCCCAGAUCCGCCAACAGCAGUAUAAAUUCCUACCCACUGAGCUGCGGGAGGAUGAAGGCUAA